AUGCGAAAGUACAAUGUAGCGAGUGGCAAUGUCGCAAAUUGGUUGAUAAAUUGGAGAGGGAGUUCAAACGUUGUGGCCAUUUUCACAGAGCUUGAAGAUCCGUUCUCUGCGAAAUUGAGAGACAAAAUGAGUGAUGAUUCUGGGCUUGAGAGUGGUGGUUAUGAUUGGAAUACUGAAGAUGAGCUAGAGAUUGAAAGCUUUCAUUCUUCGUGUAUAGCUGUUCCCAAUGGACAGACUUCCGGAUCUCGGUCUCUAGAGGAAAACACAUUUGCAGCAGGUCCAUCUAAUACAAAGGUGUUUGACUGUUUCAUAAAUAUGGGAUUUCGUCCUGAACUGGUUUCCAAAGUAAUUCAGGAAUAUGGUGAGGAAAAUGAAGAUAAACUAAUUCAAGAGCUUCUCACAUACCAAGAGCUAGAAAGUUCUUCUCAGCAGCAACAGCAAGUAGAACCAGAUCCCACUUCUUCCGAGUAUGCAGCGAGCUCCUGGGAUGAUUCAUCAGACGAAGAUUUUUUUUCUGAUGAAGAAAUGCCAAAAUCAUGUCUUUCUGAGAAUGAUGAUACAUUACUGUCCCUAGUAAAAAUGGGAUUCAAUGAAGAGGAAGCUUUAAUGGCCGUAAAAAGAUUAGGUCCAAACUCCUCUCUUGAAGAGCUGGUGGAUUUUAUCAGUGUUGCUCAACUGGUAAAAUCUGAGGAUGCACUUCUGCCUCCUGAAGAAAAGGUACCACAAUGCAAUGGGCAUACAAAACCAAGAAAGAGGAGUCUGUAUGAAUAUGAAGUGCUGGGAAGGAAAAGGCCAAAGGUGCUUGAGAAGAGAACAUCAUGUGACGAUGAGGAUGAGGCCCAAGCACUUCAUCUGCCUAAUCCAAUGGUGGGGUUUGGGAUUCCCACCGAUCCAAGCUCCAUAAUCACAUAUAGGAGACUGCCUCACGAUGCUAGCGGUCCCCCUUACUUCUAUUACGAGAAUGUGGCGUUGACCCCGAAAGCCAGGAAAAGGGGAUACAUCCAUAAUCUCCCCAUUGCGAAUAGUGCAAAACUGACUCAGAGAAUCAGGAAAGCGGUAGAACAAUUACAGGAUUUUGACGACCCCCCUGAAAAUGUCAAGAAGUUUGUUUUGGAGCAAUGUCGGAAAUGGAAUUUAGUUUGGGUGGGCAAGAAUAAAGUUGCCCCCCUAGAGCCCGACGAAGUGGAAAUGCUGUUGGGCUUCCCUAGGAAUCACACAAGAGGUGGUGGAAUUAGUAGGACUGACAGAUUCAAAUCGCUUGGAAAUUCUUUUCAGGUUGAUACAGUGGCAUACCACCUAUCUGUUCUCAAGGAAAUGUUUCCUUAUGGGAUCAAUGUUCUCUCUCUCUUUUCUGGAAUUGGUGGUGCAGAGGUAGCUCUCCAUCGGCUUGGUAUCCCUCUAAAGACUGUUGUGUCGGUUGAAAAAUCGGAAGUGAACAGGAACAUUGUCAGAAGUUGGUGGGAGCAAACUAAUCAAAGAGGCAAUUUGAUUGAUAUGGAUGAUGUGCAACAGCUAGAUGCUGAUCGUUUGGAGCAGCUGAUGAGCACAUUUGGUGCUUUUGAUCUUAUUGUUGGUGGGAGUCCAUGUAAUAAUCUGGCUGGAAGCAACAGAGUAACCCGGACUGGACUUGAAGGCUCAGAAUCGUCUCUCUUUUAUGAUUACUUUCGAAUCAUAGACCUGGUGAAAGUUAUGGCGCCAAGAUUUCAAGGAAACGGUCUAUAG